AUGCCUUCCGCUACCCAAUCCAGUGCGCCGUUGAGGAUACCGGCUUGGAAACGAUUAGGUCUCAAAUUGAAAUCAGCUCAAGAAACACCUCUUACGCCGGCGCAAGUGGUUGACCACGAUACUCCCAAGAGAAAGCGAUUGGAUGCACCCGAAGACAGCUCUCAUCCAAAGAGACAGAAAAACUCGAAAAUUCCUAGCGAUUUACCCGCUGCAGAACAAGUCACUCCCAAUCUUAGCAGAAAGAAAUCUGUCACAUUUACACCCGAGACGAAAGUAGAAGACGGAGACAGCAUAAAGCAAUUAUUCAAUGCUUGGGCUGCAGAACAAAACACACAAGAUAUAUCCGCACCUGUAUUCCAGACAGUAGAACCUCCACACGUAGUGGAAAACUUCGACUCAAAUCUGGAUGAAAAGGAGAGACGAACGAAAAGAGUGCAGAAGGCGAAACCAGAACCAUCAGAUCCCUUAGCAGCCAAAAAGGCGUCGAAGACGAAGUCAACAGCGGAAGGUUCACCUUCGCAGGUCGAAGCUGUUUCUAGCAAAAUAGAAUCGAAAGAAAAGAAAAAGAAAAAGACCAAGACCAAAUCUGUUCAGUCACCGCAACCACCUCCCCAACGGCCUUUUCUUGCAUAUCUAAAGCAGUACUCCGAAUCGCGAGAUACCUGGAAGUUCAACAAGAACCACCAAAAUCAUCUCCUCAAGCACCUCUUUGACAUCAACACCAUUCCAUCUGAAUACGAAACUUUCAUAUACCCCUACGUGAGGGGACUUCAAGGCGGGGUGCGAACAAGGUUGCGCGACACAGCACUAUCAAUAAAAGUGAAGGACAUUGAAGAGGGGUUUGCAGGAUUCCCAGAAACCAUGGCGGAUCGUGAAGCGAGGCAAGCCGAAUAUGAUAUUGCUAUGAAGGAAUACGUUGCUACGAUGAUCUCUGCAGAUGUCGAUGCGAACAUUGGCUAUGAAGAGGGCGUCAUGUUGAAUCUUUCGGAUGCUGUGAUGCCUGUGAGAGUCGCAAAACGUAUGCGAUCAGAACGGGUCUUAGCAGAAUUAGGCGCCCCAGCCGGGGAUACUACCAAUGGCGAUGUCGCCACGACUUCUAAAGGCUCCGUGGUACCUGAAGAUGAUAUUCAGAAAAGAGCUAGGAUGAAUGACGGCUCGACACAAAAAGUCGUCCGUAAACGAAAACAACGAACUGAUGUAGACGAAUCCAGCUCGUCUAGUGAUUCUAGCGAUUCGGACACUAGCUCUGAUGAAGAGAACGACCCUCCAGCACCAAGGAAUGGUUCGAAUGAAACGACUUCGAGUUCAUCGUCCAGUAGUAGCUCUUCCAGCUCCGAUGAUGAUAGUUCGAGCGAAGAGGAAUCUGGGGACAGUGAUGAGAGUGGUGACAGCGAGUGA